AUGGCCGAGAACUUUGCCAACGAAAACAGCCAAGGCCUUCUCCUAGUUGAUGCAUCAAAUGCGUUCAACAGUUUACACCGAGAGCAGGCCCUAGAUACUGUUGCAACAACCUGCCCUGUGUUUCACCAAUUUCUCAAAAACACCUAUCAAGCAAGGACAAAGCUCUUUAUUUCAGGGUCAAAGUCAGGGGAGUUCAUCUGGGGUGAAGAAGGAAACACUCAAGGAGAUGUUGCAGCAAUGCAAUUUUACUCCAUAGCCACUAGACCUAUAAUAAAUGAUCUCAGAGCUUAUGCAGAAGCAACCAUGGUGUGGUACGCUGAUGACAGCUCCGCAUGUGGAAGCUUCAUCCAACUUCUUCAGUGGUGGAAUAGACUCUGUGACAUCGGCCCGGGAUAUGGGUACUACCCCAACGCUAAAAAGACCAUUCUAAUUGUCAAGAAUCCCGAAGACCAAACUGAAGCAGAGACUCUAUUUGGGCAUCUUGGUGUUAAGAUCACGACAUCUGGAGAACGUCACCUUGGUGCUGUGGUAGGCUCAAAGAAAUACAGGGAAGAUUACAUCAAAGAAAAAGUUGAGAAAUGGAUAACAGAUACUGAGCAACUUGCUGAUAUUGCAUCUGAAGAACCACAGCUGGCUUAUUCAGCUUUCACCAAAGGAGUAUGCCACCGAUGGAGGUUCUUCAUGAGGACAAUACCUGAUAUUGCUGAGUACUUUGCCCCACUGGAGAGCAAGAUCAUGCAUGUACUCAUUCCAGCCUUCCUUGGUCGCCCAGUCAGCCAGCACGAGAGAGAUAUCCUCGAACUUCCUGUUCGAUGUGGAGGGCUAGGCAUCAUCAAUCCUGUCCGGAUAACAACCCGUGAAUAUGUUUACUCAGUAGCAGUAACUAAAGACCUUGUGAGUUUGAUCAACCAACAAGACCAGGAUAUCACCAAGCUGGAUCUGGGCAAGAUAAAAGAAAAGAAAGAAGAACUGAGGAAACAGAAAGAGGAGUUUCUCUCCCAAAGGUUCAAGGUGCUCUAUAAUGAGUCAGAUCAUCAACUUAAGAACCACCUAGACCAAGCAAGAGAGAAGGGAGCCUCAACAUGGCUCUCAACACUACCACUGAAGGACCUCAACUAUGUUCUGAACAGGCAGGAGUUCCAAGACAGCAUACGCCUACGUUAUGGUUGGAAGAUCCAAGGAGUGCCCUCUAAAUGUGCCUGUGGAAAUGUAAACAGUAUCUACCACGCCCUUGACUGUAAACUAGGUGGAUACGUUUCCAUGCGCCACAAUGCCAUAAGAGACACUGCUGCUUUCUUCCUCCGAGAAGCAAAGUGUAAAGACGUAAGGAUAGAACCAGCACUCCUGACAGUCCAACCAAGCUCAUUCUCAAGGAAGACCAACACCCAGGAUGAAGCCCGUCUUGAUGUAGCAGCUGUCGGAUUGUAUGCACCUUUCGAAAGAACAUUCUAUGACAUCAGGGUCACACAUCCCAACUGUGACACAAAUACAUUUAAGCCACUAGAUAAGAUCUAUAGAGAUCAUGAGAAAGAAAAGAAAGAUUUGUAUGAAGAGAGAGUACUUCAGUCGGAGAAGGGAUCCUUUGUCCCUCUAGUCUUCACAACCUCCGGAGGUAUGGGACCGCUCUGCACAGUGUUUGUAGAUCGUGUCUCUGAGAUGAUAGCUGACCACAAAAAAGAAGCCAAGAGCCAAGUCAAAAAUCAUAUCAGAACACGAUUCAGAUUUGAUCUGUUAAGAAGUACACUCAUUGCACUGAGGGGAAUCAGAGGAAGGUCAACAGCCCAGCAUCUUGAACUGCAAGACGUAUCCUUCAACCUCAUUCCCCAGAAGACGAGCUUUGAGGUCUCCUAG